AUGUAAGCUAAGCAUCCAAGCCUGUCCUAUUCACAUGUUAUAAAGGAGUUUGAAGUUUUGUUGUUUUCGGCAUCGAUUUUUAGCAAUUUUUAGARCUCAAUCAUGUCACGGGACCGUAAACGAUAUUACGAUGAUGAAGAUGACAAACCAAGAAAGCGUAGACGCAUGGCAGAAACAGUGGAUAUCGAGGAUAGGCUUGAAUCUUUGAUAACAAGGGUUGGAGAGAAGAGUACCUCAUCACUUGAGAGUAAUCUUGAAGGACUUUCUAAUGUACUGGAGGCUGACUUACCAAACUACAAGGACAGAAUACUGAAGAUAAUAUGCACAUGUGUCACUAAUUUACCUGACAAGAUAGCAAUUUACAGUACUUUAGUUGGACUUCUGAAUGCAAAGAACUAUAAAUUUGGAGAGGAGUUCCUUGACAUGAUGAUGGCAAAUCUUAAAGAUGUUCUGGUUUCAAACCAGUUUGAACGAGCCAGACUGAUGGUGCGUUUUUUAGCUGACUUAGUCAACUGUCAUGUAGUUCUUCCCAUAUCACUGAUYGAAUUGUUUGAAAAGUUUGUGGCUGCUAGCAUGGAGAGUGAUGUUUCACAGGUUCGCACAGACACAUUUGUCUACAGUGUGUUGUCAGCRUUACCAUGGGCUGGGAAAGAGCUCUCAGAUAAGAAAGGACAUGACUUGGAGAGAUUGCUUGCAGCUAUUGAUAGCUAUAUAAGUCAGCGACAAAAGCUCCAUAUACCUGCACUUAGGGUGUGGUCUACUGAUGAUGUUCAUCCUCAAGAAGAGUACUUAGAUUGUCUGUGGGCUCAAAUCAAGAAGCUUAAAGCUGAUAACUGGCAGGAAAAGCACAUAAGAAGGCCUUAUCUUGCGUUUGAUGGUGUACUAGGAGAAGCUUUACAGCAUUCUCUUCCAACGUUUUCUGUCCCUGCACACCAGGAUAACAUCAUCUAUUCUUGUCCAACAGUUAUUUAUAGAAUGUUUGAUUAUACAGACGUUCCUGAGGGGCCCACAAUGCCUGGUGCUCACUCCAUUGAGAGAUUUCUUGUUGAGGAAAGUAUCAGAAGAGUUUUGAAUUCACAUCACAAAGACAGAAAAGAGUGUGUUAACCAACUUAUGAAUUUACCUGGAAAGUCAAAAGUUCCUUUUAAUUAUUGUGUGGUYGAGGUCAUUUUUUCAGAGAUGUUCAGACUUCCAAGUCCACCUCAUCUUGAGAUAUUUUACAAUUCAUUAUUGAUAGAGUUGUGUAAAUCACAACCUAAUGCAAUGCCUGGAAUUAUUGCGCAAGCUACAGAACUACUUUUUGAACAUCUAGAAACAAUGAAUGCUACAUGUAUUGACAGAUUUUGUAAUUGGUUAUCACACCAUUUAAGUAAUUUUAAUUUCAAGUGGAGCUGGAAUGAUUGGGCAUCGUUCACUUCUAACYCUGACUCACCUAAGUACAAGUUUAUAUGUGAAUUGAUUGAGAAACUGAUAAGAUUUUCCUAUAAUCAGUAUAUGGUUGACAACCUUCCUGAUGAGUUCACACAUCUAAUUCCCCCUCCUACUCAGCCAAGAUACAGAUUUACCGAAGAUGGUUUACCAGGAGGUGACAUUGCUAAGCAGCUACUUGAAGCAAUAAAAGCCAAAAAAGACUUUGAUGAACUGCAGGCAUUACUAAAUGAGAUWUCUCCYAGCGCUAGUGGACAAACUGAUGAUGGCGAUGCCCCAGUGGCAGAACCGUCAUUUUCUGCUUUAAGGAUUGAAGUUCUUGCUCACACAGUCUUAAGACUGGGUUGUAAAUCCAUCAGUCACUCCUUCAGUGCUUUCACCAAGUACCAUAAAAUGUUCAAAUCUUUGAUCACCAAUGAGGAUGGACAAAUUCACCUUCUGAAGACCCUCAAAGAAUUCUGGGAUACCCAUCCUCAGAUGAUUGUGAUACUAAUUGACAAACUAGUGAGAAUGCAGAUUGUAGAAUGUUCUGCUGUCGUGAACUGGCUUCUCUCUAAUGACAUGGCUSAAGAUUUCACCAGAUGUUAUGCAUGGGAAAUAAUGAAAGGAACAUUGAGUAAAAUGAGUAARCACACAAUUAAGGUUCGAAAUGAAGUGAAUGAAGUCAAUGACCAGUUAGCAAAGAUGGAGGAACGAGCACAACGACAGAGUUUAACUACAGAUGAUGACAGACCACGAGACCCCACACUAGCAGAUGAUAUAGAAAGAAAGAAAGCAAGUGUUGARCARCUUACUGAAAAACUAGAAAAUGCACAACGAGGACAAAAGCAGCUAUAUCUCAUAUUAUUUCAGCGAUUUAUUAUGAUGUURACGGAGCAUAUYGUACGCUGCGAACAGCACCAACUGAAUAUGGAAACACCCUGGUUUAAAUACACYAUUGAAAGACUUCGAGAAGUUCUACUAAUGAAYCAUGAUCAAGUGUUCCAAUACAUCACUACCUUGGAAACAUUGUUAUUCACCAGUGACCUUGACACACACAUYCUUAAUGUAUUCACUCAAUUCAAAGCUCUAAGAGCCUAAGCAAUCAGCAAGGACACUUGAACAGUUGGGAUAUCUGUGGUAGGCUACAUAUGUGUCACAUGUAAUAUGUAAACCUUCAAAACAGCAACGUUAUAGGACUGUAUUUUUAUGGUCUACUAUCCUGACAAGUAUCCAAUCAAACAUCAUGUACAAAUAAGCUUAUCUAUUGUUUAGAACAGUUUCUUAUGUUGUAUGGCUGGGUUACCUGAGUAAGCUAACAUGGCUAAUUGUGGGCCUCCUGUGUAUAUGCACAGGAAGACCAAGCAACUAAGUUUAUUUUCUGAUAAGACUACUUAACGACACCAGACAGAACUUUUGUACAAAACAAUCUGAUUAUUUAUUAGAUAAGCAGGCUUUUUAGGAAUAUUUUAACAAUAAUACAUCAAUAGAAGUUAAUAUCAGUGAACAUUACAGUCGGUAGAAACAUAGUACUAACUAUGGUAGAAAUGAUUUUAGAAUACUAUUAGUAUUAUGAACAUUGUAAUAUCUAGCGAUAUUUUUAUACUUUUAACACAGAAAAAUAACCUGAACAUGC